GCCCGGAGGAUAUCCACUUAGGAGAAGUGGUGGAGGACGCAGAGGGCAAGCGUUUUGUAGUGAACGAAAUGGUGAAUGAAGUAAAAGAGCAGUUUUUGAAGGAAAGGACCAUCAUAGUCAUUUUCCAGGGGGAAGCCAGAAAUUUUGUGAGAUAUGUCAAAGAGGAUCUAAUCCGGGCCUUCGAGGAUGGGUGGACAGCCCGACGUCUGUUCCACCCUGAAGCCAGAAGGGGGAGGGUCAAAUUUGAAGGCCCUAACGUAGCCUCCUACGUAGCCAAGGCGAAGGAGAUUGCCGAGUGGCUGUUACAUCAAGGUGAAAUGAGGAUCAAACUGGAGCAGAAGGAGUACCUGAUGCUAUUCAAGCCGAGACUCUCUAAGCAAGAGCUACAAGACGUGCGUAUCCACGAAGCAGAGUCCAAGUUCUGGAUCAUGGCAUUAAGGGUUCCACUUGAAGCCUACUACUACCCGAGGAGUGCCAUCAAGGGGGUGUUCGGGGAGGUUCUCAACCCAGAGUACGAUCGAGACCGUCCCAAGCUGAUGAACGUCAAGUUCGAUAUGUCGUCGGAGUCUCGGUCUCGGAUUGAUGACGAAUUGGUGAUUCAAUCCCCACAUGGGGAACGCUGGACGGUGAAAAUUGUAUCUCGGUCUCGGAUUGAUGACGAAUUGGUGAUUCAAUCCCCACAUGGGGAACGCUGGACGGUGAAAAUUGUAUCUCCUUACACCGACUGGUGUCGUCGGUGUAAAUGGUACUAUCAUACGGAACAAAACUGUCCCCGCCGUCAGAGAGAAAAAGGUCGGAGACUCAAUGGGGAAAGACAAGGGGGCCACAAGGCUCGAUACCGGGAGUUCGUUUCAAACCAUGAGAGGACGGAAGGCCCAGCAAGGGAAGAUGUGAGAGUAAGAGGUACAGACGGCCAAGCGCAGAGGCCUUCGGAGCAGCCGGCACUCACAUCACACCAGGCGCACUCACAUCACCAAGACAGCCAGCCCAACUAUAGAGCAGCGGGUCCAAGCCUACACCGCCAAGAACCGAGUGCAGUGUACCAGGGGGCUUGCCCAAGAGCCCCAGGUGUCGAACUGCAAGGCGUCUACCAACAGAGCUUCCAAGAAAUUUGGCCAAAUGGUGCUGGUCAGCAGGAGUUAGCAGGCCAAGACCCACCUCAGAGAUGGGGAACUGAGAAAGCUUGGAACGAGGACAAUGGCAAAGCAGUCGGAAUAUCACUCAUCCCACCAUGGCAACCCAGGGAGGACUGGCAAGGAGGGUAUGGGACUUUGCCACACGGCGAGACCCCGAUGGAAAGAGGAGCCCUCAGCAACCUUCCUCAUCCGACGUGGCAGGAACAGUAUGCACAACACGAGCUGCAGGAGGAAGGCUUUUUCUAUCAACAGCAGCACCAAGGCUGGAUCCAAAGCCCAGGCCAGAACCUGGGGCACGGGGUUGUAGAUCACCCCCGCCCCAGGUAUCCCUCGCAGUCAUAUGACUGGAGGCGCCUGGCCCCCAAGGAGCUGGACAGGAGCCAGCACCAGCACCAUCAGGAUCUUCCCAGAUGGGACAGUGGGGCCCCAUUCCUCCGACGGCGUCAGAGAAGUAACACGUCAAGAUGGGACCUUGGAAGAGACAACACGUGGAGUCGCCGAGGGGAGGCUUUGGAGACGUGGAGUCAGGGCCAAUCACGACAGUUCCCCACGCUAAGAGAAGAGGUGGAGAUCGGGGAUAAAGAAGGGGUCGGGGAAGGGCAUGGUCCAGAGAUCUUCAGGCCAGGCAAAACCAAGCUGCAGGAAGAACUAUUGAAAACGUUUGUUACCUCACACUCUAGAGUAAGAUGGGGUAGUGCUUGUGAGGAAGAGGACGAAGGGGCACCACAAAAAUCUGAGGGGUCAUCCUUAGAAAGCUCGGCAGGAUCAGGGUCCAAACGAGCAGCGGACACCAGGAAGGUAGUAGUGAAAGAUCGCAAAGCGGACGCAAUAGGCAGGAACCAAAUGGAAACAUUUCAGAGGAGAUUAGUACCCCUGCUGUGUACACACACAGAUAGGGGCGUGUUCUUCCUCACGACAACAGAUGGGGAGGGCCAACCACUGCUGCCCUCUGCAGAUGUGGACUGCUCUCCUACCCCGUCCAAGAUCUUGGAGGUAUGGGCUCCGGCGCAAGGCUCUAGAGGAGGAGUGUGCAUCCUACUUCAUCGCGACCUCCAGGCGACCGUGGUGGAUUUAGAAGUGGACAUAUGGGGCAAAUGGGCAUGGAUGAAGGUUGAGGUGGGGAAUGAGGAGUGGGCUUUUAUGACGGUAUACUAUGCACCAACAGAAGUAGGCGAAAAAGCAAAGUUUUUCACAAGACUAGUCCUACACAUUCCGAAGGCGGAAAGACUGGUGAUGGGCGAGGACUGGAAUGUGUCAUUGGAUGAAGCUCAGCGCCUAGGGUUAGCCCAAGCAGACAAAAGAGAUGUCAGAUCUUUGCUGGACCUAUACACGGAUCUGUCACUAGUGGACCCUUUCCCCCCGCUGAACCCGGGGGACCCUGGGUACACAUGGUUUUCACACUUGCACUGGGACCGACAGGAGGUAACACGAAGGUGUCUGGACUAUUUCCUAAUCGGUGAACAACUCCAAAAUCAAGUCACAGCAGUCAGACACGUGAGUCACCCGCUGUCGGACUCGGACCACAAGCAAGUGAUCUCAGAUAUCCGUCUCAAUCUCGCCAUGACUAGAGGGCGCGGCUUCUUUCGCCUCAACAACCAAGUCUUGGAGGAACCAGGGGUGGCAGACUGGGUAGCAGGACAUAUGGCAGGCUGGGAGAGCGCAAGACAACACUUCGACUCCACAGCGGAGUGGCUGGACGGCGGCAUCGCAAUCACCUCAGGGGUAUUGGAUGUCAUAUCACGGAUCUUAGCAAGGGAAAGGAAUAAAAGGGAGGGGGAUUGCAGAAAGAGGGUGGAGGAAGCAGAAGAGCGCAUGGAAGGUCAUCCGAUCUCAGCGAUGAUGUGGGCCUCAGAGAGGCAAAGACGGAUGAGGGAGUGGGACAGCAUUCAAGAGGAUAAACAGAAGAGGUGGACAAAAAUUCUGAAGAUAAAGGGAAUUGAGACAGGUGACAAAAUGACCAAGGAGACGUUCCAAAGAUUACAGCCAAGAUGGGCCCAACAUCAAAUGGUGGAAAUAAGACAUCCUUUUGAUGCCGCCUCCCCUCCAGCAUGCACAGCUCCAGGCAUGCUCCAGCACGCUAGACUAUACUACGAGGACGUACUAUCCACCAAAAGACCAGAUGAGGAUGUGAACACAGACCUCUCAAGAGAAUCAGACGUGUGGGAGGACACAAUGACGAAGUUGCGGGUCAUGGAGAGACUAGACCUGGACCGGUCAUUUGCAUUAGAAGAGUUAACACAAACUGUCAAAACAAUGGCCAAGGGGAAAUCCCCUGGGGUGGACGGAUUGACAGUGGAGUUCUACGUUGCCAACUGGGCGAUCUUCGGACCCCGGCUAAUGGAGCUUUACAACGAGGUUCUGGUGGGAGGCAGGCUUGGGAAAGGCAGUUUGGAGCGGGAAGGCUGGCAUCUUCGUCAGGAAGCACUGGAGUGGUUGAUUGAUGAAGCAGGGACUGCAUCCUUGGAUGCUGUGCGGGCAUGUGCAAAAAACCGUGAUUUCAAGGAAAUAGGCGACAGGAUUCUCCCUGCCGAUGUUAAUCGGACGCCCAGCAAGCUACUCAAGGGACGGAUGAUCUUGCAGGUAGUGUCAAUAAAAAACAUCAGCCAGCCUAGCAGAGUAUCAGGGAGCUCAGGAGGUCGCUAUCCCCGCCUGCUUCAUGUCCGCAUGACAGACGGUCACAACGUGGCAGUUGGGGUUGAGUUCCACCCAAUUCCAUAUCUGUCGGAAGAUAUUGCACCAGGAACGAAGAUUUUGCUGACAGAUGCUCCUGUUCGGACGGGCACAAUUUUACUUGACUCAAGAAAUGCUCGGCUCGUUGGGGGCAGGGUAGAGUCUUUGUUUCAGGGAUGGGAGAUGGAGAGGAAGUUGGCGCAUCUCUCUCGGCUCUCCUUGGGGGCAGCUGAUGCGCCUCAACCCCCCCGUUUUGAGGGGUUGAAUAUCAAUGAGAGUCAGAGAGAUUCGUCGUCAAGGCAAGGAGGAGGAGGUCGGGAUCUGAACUCUCGACCGAUGGAUCGCGGGACGAUCACCGGCGCGGUUGGUUCACAAACACAAACACAAAACGAAAAUGUGCGGGUCGGUGGAGGGCGAGGUGCUCUGAUGGAUAUCGAAGACAUGGGCCCUGCAGUCGUCGCUGCAUCUACAGCGCCUCAUUUGAAACAGAGUGCGACUGCCCAAAGUCGGCAGCAGCACGUUGUUGGCCCCCGCGACGAACUACCGGUAGCUGAUGAGCAGAGAAGGGGGUUGGCGCCCGUCAGGGUUCGACCAGGUGCAGAGUUGUACCAGGCACGGAAGAUGCAAGAUCGGCCAAGUGGUGCUUCCAGGCCUGUCGUGGGAAGGGGUGAGGCCAGCUUAGGUUUAUUAGGUUCAUCUGCUGCGGGCUCCAUCGGAGGGGUUGGUAGUGGAGAGAGGGGGGUUGAGACUGCAAGCACCUCUGCUGCUGCUGCAGAUAGGGUUGAUGAUGAAGUAGAUAAGGUGGGGAAGCUGGGCGUGAAGGGCAGCGACGAGAAAGAGGUGAGAUCACUGGGGGGCAGGCCGGAGGAUGGCGCGGAGGAUGCUGGGCCCAGGGAAGGGGACAAAGGAGGAGGACCCCUUACACUCGAAGAAAAACGCGAACGGGCAGUCCGGGCAGCGGCGGCGAGCAUGGGCGCCGAGCCUUCGGUUGUGCACAAUAGAGCGGCGUCUCUGAAACUGUUGGAAAGGAGGAGGAGCCCACGGAGGGGUCGAGGUGGAGGAAGAGGUGAUCAGGAGGGGGGUAGAAUGGGGAGAGGAGGCGGGAGACGAGGACGCAGAUUUGGCCGUGGCGAGGAUGAUGACGAUGACCAAGGGGCAAUGACAUUAGACGAGUGGGAGGCAAAGAAAAAGAGUCAGAACAUGCAGUUAAAGAAUCCUGCGCCAAACGUGAUGUCGGAUGAGCAGCUGGCUCGACGGCUGCAAGCACAGCUGCAGAUGGAAGACAUGGGCAUGGGAGUGGGUAAUGCUCGGCAGCCGCAAAUGACUGAAGCUCAGGCUUUGCACCUUAGCAUGUUCAACUUCCGGAGAGAAGAGGAGGUUGAUAGCAUGGACAGAGGGAGGGGGGGAAGACGAGGAGGACGAGGGCGGGGGGGAGGUAGAGGCAGGGGUGGCAGGGACCAUAUGGGUGGCGGGCGAGGUCGCGGGCGAUGAAGCUGUCUGGAUAGAUAGGUGCUUAGGUGACCUAAAUAGUCGGUUAUGCACGUAGUAAGAAUGGAAAAUGCCAUGCAACUUAUCCCAACCCAUACACAGAGGGGUGCCUUGUUUUAUGAGUGCCACCUUGGCAGGAUCGAGGAAAAGCGGACCCGCCAAACUCGUUGUCCCUCCCAGUUCAUCGGCGCAUCGCGUUGUCGGUCGUAUCGAUGAUCCAUAGCAGGUACCAGAUCCAGGUCCCAGGUUUUUUUUUUUUUUCUGCUGCGAAGUUUUGCAACCAUUCAUUCUUGCUGGUCUGUCCGCUUGUUGAUGAAUGCCAGUCAACGGCUCGGGGGGGGGGGCAUUUUGAUUUGUUUGUGAGAUAUUUGUUCCCAUCAGUGUCAUUGGCAUCUAUCAGUGGGGUGGUUGGAGAGACCCUGUCAAUUGCAGAGACCACGGAAAAUGUAUCGCACUUUUCGAGUUCUCUUUUGCAAAUCUCCAGGGUCGUACUACCAGUUCCCGCCACGGUUUCACCCUCCCCCUCCUCCCAAACAAAAUCAGUCUGGAACG